CACACUAUAUCUAACGUACAUACUUUAUCCCCGCUUCACUAUGACUUAAUUUAUAAAUUUAUUUGGGCCUAAAAAAGAAGCGAAAAUGCAGACUAAUAACUCACCCAACCAGGAGCAGCACCUAACUUCUAAAAAGUUAAGUACUAAUUUGGAAUGGGUCUUUUUUGUAGGAGAUGUUGAUUCGGGAAUUAAUAGCUUGCUGCACUAUUUUACCGGGCAAAGAUCCAUAAGAGAGCUGCAAAAGUAUCAGCCAAAGGUAUUUAUGCAAAGGAAGCAGCAUAUAUUAAAAGUAGGAGAUACUACAGUUAACUUACUUCUUAGCUCACAUGGUUCCAUGGAUGUCACGUGCCCUGACCGCCUUAGCCGUCAACUGGUUUUCCAAGAGUCGUAUUAUUGCUCUCUCGUCAUCAUGGUAUUCGACAUAACUAAGAAGGCCACCUUUCUCAAUGCCGUUAGGACUUACGUCCCCGAGUUGCUUCUCUGUAAUCCUGACGCGUCCAUAGUGAUGCUCGCGUUGGGUGCGGAAUCACGAAGCGCCUCUCUUCCGGCCGUUCAAUACCAAGAAGCGUCUUACUUUGUGGAAUGCUUUGAUCUUCAUGGUUACUUCGAGGCCCACAGUAUUCGCUCGGUAAUCCCUUUUUACUUGGUUGAUACGAUGAUCGAAAACUGUAUUGCUGCGUCAAUGAGUCGUAAGAUGCAGGUUACGAGAGAGCUCUUUGAAGGCAAUCAAGGAAAACCUACAGAGUCGGACUCCGUCGGCAUCAAGAACAAGGAGGAGAAAAAACGAAAGUCGCGCUACAAACACUCCUUUGGGACGUUGAGGAAGCGCAUGGAGGAGAGCCUUGAGGACAUGGGGUUGAAAAAGAAGACUAAAUAGAAAGGGCGGAGGGAUCAUGCUUGUAACUGUGUUGGCCAAAAAAGUUAUGCAGUUUCUCUGUGUAGCC